AUGGUCAACCUCGCAGCCUGCGAAGACACUCUGGCACUUUUCACGGAAGGCAUAGCCGGACGUUAUCUGCACAUCAAAGCCACCGCCGAAUUUGCCAACAAUCGGCAACUUGCUUAUCACAGUGAUCGCGCGGGCCAGGGUGCUGACGCUCUGUUUCUGCCGGAAGAGAUUGAUGCACCAGAUCAUCAUUGUUAUCGCGUACUGGUACUUGAGCAGAUCGGGCUGCGCGAGUGCGGCACAUUUUCAUUUCGUAUGGAGCGCGGCCUGGCUGACAUCAGCGAACUGUCGGAGCGUUACGAAGUACCCAAAGGUGCAACCCCCCGCACCGGCGAUUUUUUCCUGCUGUUCAGCGCCUUCGCACAACCGUCUCUGGCUACAGACCUGUUUAAUCUGUUCGAAAAAGCGCGAGUACAGGCGCACCUGUUACGUACCUACCCGGGCAUCAACCGACACAUGCAGCGAUACCACGAGCAUUUGCUGGAAACCGCUGAACUGCACUACGAUCCGCUCAGCUUUGGCCAUCGCAGCCUUUGGGGAGACAACGAAAUCCCACCGGAAUGGCAAUCACUAAGCACUGCUCUAAAGCGACUGCAGGGCCCAGAGCAAACCGUCUACGACAGCGUGCGCGCCUUGUGCCAACUGUAUGAUCAGGUCGCUGAGGCCUACGUUUUCGAAACCCUGAAGUCUUAUCCCAGCCCCGAAGAAUCAAUUCCCGACUGGCUGAAUCGAGAACAGCGCAUUGACGAGUGGGACGAAAAGCUAGAAGAGCUGGAUGAUCAGGUCAUGAUGGCUGACAUGAUUCACGCGGAAGACCUGGAAGCAGAACGCGGCGAAACCAGCGAAGCAGCUAUUCGCGAUGCAGAGGUCGACAUCAAGAUGUUGAUGGACGAACGCGACACCCUUAAGCGCCGCAUCGACAUGGAAAAAUCUUCUGUACAGCAUGCACUGGGCCCUGACCGUUCCGCAGCACGCAGCUACCGCUAUGAUGAGUGGGACUAUCUGCAACGUCGUUAUCUGACCCACUGGUGCCGCGUAUACGAAGAAUCCCUGUUAGGUACUGACGAAGAAGACAUAGAAGGGCUGAACAACGCCAUUCGCCAUUUUCAGGGCAUUGUGCAGAAACAACUGGAACAGAUACGUCCAACGGGUUUACAACGCAUCUCACGCGUUCAGGAUGGUGACGAACUGGACCUGAAUGCAAUCAUCGAAGCACGCCAGGAUAUUCGCGCCGGCCAGAGUCCCAGCGAGCGUUUCUACUCGCGCAAGGAGCGCAUGCACCGCGAUGUGUGCGCCAUUUUCCUGGUUGAUUUAAGCGCAUCCACCGAUGACCCGGUGGAACCACCCGAACCCAGAGACUGGUCGGACUACGACGAAGACGCAUCCGACAACAUGCGUGACCCAUGGUAUGCCGCGCUGACCAGCGACGAAGAAGAACCUGUGGUCGAGCGAAAAAUUAUCGAUAUUCAACGUGAAGCCAUGGUGGUGAUGGCCUCUGCGCUGGAUGCUCUGGGUGACAGUUAUGGCAUCUAUGGCUUUUCCGGCUACGGCAAAGACUGCGUAGAAGUAUUUGUGGCUAAAGAACCCCAGGAAGGUUUUUCUCAGCGCACGCUGCAGUCUAUUGCCGCGAUGAAGCCAAAGCGUUCCACUCGCAUGGGGCCUGCUAUCAGACACAGUACACACAAGCUGAUGCAAUCCGGCCAUGCGAUGAAAGUGCUGAUGGUAAUCAGCGAUGGUUUCCCCCAGGACAGCGACUACGGACCUGAGCGCGGCAAUCAUACCUACGGUGUAGAAGAUACCGCCAAAGCCAUCAAAGAAGCCCAGCAGAAAGGCGUGGAAACGUUCUGUAUCACGGUGGAUCGAUCCGGACAGGAUUAUCUGAAACAGAUGUGUCCCGACUCGCGCUAUCUGGUGAUAGAAGAGAUGGAAGACUUACCCGAUCAGCUAACGAAAGUGUAUGCAGCACUCACAGACCGGGCCAAAGCAGUCAAAGAAGCCGCACUGGUCCUGAAUGCUGUUGGCAUCAAGAAUACCAUUGCUCGCCAGCACAGCGAUUGGGUGAUCUGGGUUGCGCCUGACGAUCAAGCCGAAGCACACCGGCAACUGCAAUCUUACUGGGAAGAGAAUCAACCGAGGCCCGACCAGCCCGUGAGUGCCACCAUUAUUGAUAGUGGAUGGGCCGGCGUAGUGGGUUAUCUGUUUGUCAUCUGGCUGAUUCCAGCUUUAUCUGCUUACAGCGACCUGGACUUCCGCAGUCUCGGCCGGCUCGAUGCCGGCGCGGUGAUUGACGGACAAUGGUGGCGUACCGCAACGUCACUGACCCUGCACGCAGACAUCGCCCAUAUCGCGUCUAACUCACUGUUUGGCUGUGUUUUUGGCCUGUUUGUCGGACGCCACCUCGGCUCUGGACUGGGCUGGUUGCUGGUGUUGAUCUGCGGCAUAGCUGCGAACCUCUUGAAUGCUUUUGUCCAACCCGAUCAGUUUCUUGCCAUAGGCGCCUCAACUGCGACGUUUGCUGCGCUGGGCAUUGUUCCGGCGUUUGGCUGGCGCCGGGGCUUCUUCCGCGGCCGGGGAUUCAAACGUGGAUUCGCGCCGAUAUUCGGCGCUAUCGCCUUACUUGCAUUCACCGGCUUCGGCGCCGAGAACGUCGACGUGUUAGGUCACUUGUUUGGGUUUGCUGCAGGCAUUGGCAUGGGAUUGGCGAUAGCGCAUAUCAAACUCGACAACAUCAGCCUGGCAGAUCAGCAGCGUGCUGGCGUUGCCGCGUUCCUGAUUCUUGGCACUACCUGGAUAUUAGCGUUGCGCUAG